AUGUGCGAGUUCAUGUUUCUCAACAACUUGUGCAGGGCGGAACGGAAUCGGGAAGCGAAGCUCAGACUCCCCAUCGAGGAUCCAGCGAUCGCCAGAAGGGCGUGGAUGCUGCUUAAAGGAAUUGAAAUCCCCGAAAACCAUCCCAACCUCCCUUUCUACCAAAAGGACUGCAACUCAGAUGAAUGUACGCAGAGCAAGGCGCACACGGGGAGACACAGCCGGGAUCCAUGGGAGUCGGAGAAACGCUGUGAGCGUAAAUGCAAACGACGACCCGACCCGCUCAAAAAAGUCGAGCUAGAUGACAUUACACAUAUGCUCGUUCUCCGCACCCCCUGCACCGACGAGAAGUGUUAUCAUGCCCAGAAGCCGUACGACGCCAAGCGCGGUGAACUCGCCAUGCCACUCCCCAAGGCGUACCACAGGCGGUUAACCGCGUCGGAGGCCGUUGCUGAGCGGAGAAAGCGGAGGGAGGAGGAGGAGAAGAGGAAGAAAGGCGGCAAGUCGGGCGGCGGCGGCGCUGGAUUCAACGCGGGGUAUUCGCAUUCGACGAUGGUGUCGAUGGUCGGGGGGAGGUGCUGA